AUGGCCUCGCUGCCGCUCGUUCGAGCCGCUCUGCUCGUCGCUUUCUCCGUCUUUCUCACGCUCGUCCUGGGCUUCGGUCUGCCGUCCGCGCUCAACCUGGUGGCCCGGCUGUGCGGUCUGCCCGAGGCGAGCACCACCGAGUGCGUGGUGCUGCUCUACGCGCUCUUCGUGCUCUACAUCGCCCUGCCUCGGCUGCCCCGGGGAUCCGUCAAGGUGGAGGGGAAGGCGGUCUUUGUUACUGGUUGUGACAGUGGCUUUGGUCAUGCUCUGGCCAAACACCUCCAUAAGCUCGGAUUCACUGUCUUCGCUGGGUGCCUCCUUAAGGAUAAGGCUGGCGAGGGUGUGGUGGAGCUGGAGAACAUGCACUCCGACAGAAUGAAGGUGGUCCAGCUGGACGUUUGCAAUGAAGAUGAGGUUUCAAAGGCUGUAGAGUUCAUCAAGACCAACCUGGAUAACUCGGAGAUGGGUCUGUGGGCGGUGGUGAAUAAUGCAGGGGUCUCUACAUUUGGCGAGGUGGAAUUCACUACAAUGGACACGUACAAGCAGGUGUCAGAGGUCAACCUGUGGGGAACGAUCAGAGUGACCAAAGCUCUUCUUCCGCUUAUCCGCAAAGCUAAAGGCCGUGUGGUGAACAUAGCCAGCAUGUAUGGCCGGAUGGGAAAUGCCUUGCGUUCUCCUUACUGCAUCUCGAAGUACGGAGUGGAAGCCUUCUCUGACUGCCUCAGGUACGAGAUGAAGUCCUGGGGCGUGAAGGUGUCGGUCAUAGAGCCAGGGAACUUCAUAGUGGCCACAGGAAUCCUGACCCGCGACAUUGUGGCCACCACGGCGGAGAAGCUGUGGAAGGAGGCGCCCCCUGACGUGCAGGAGGACUACGGCAAGGCCCAUUUUGAGCAGUACAUGGCACUGAUGCGCUCUUACUGCAACAGCGGCCAGCGGGACGUGUCGCCGGUUUUGGACGACAUCACAGACGCGAUCACGUCUAAGCGGCCGUACACGCGCUACAGCCCAAUGGAGCCUCACUGGUGGAUUCGCGUGCAGGUCAUGACCCACCUCCCGGCAGCCAUUUCUGACCGGCUCUACUUCUGAUGAGUUCACCAUGUGCUUCUCUGCUUCCCUCUCCUCUGAUUGGGGCCUGAACUUGUAAUCGUGUACGAUUCAUUCUCGCAAUUGCGGCUUCUGUGCUUAGCAAAUUAGGCUCCAAACGCUGCCGACUGCUGUAUUACACAGCCAUCGUGUGUUAGCUGCAUCGAAAUCAAGUGAUUCCUAGUUCCUGCAAACGGUGGUACCACACAGAUGGACACUAACAAACCACUGAGAUGUCUGAAGUGUUCCAUAAGCAUGCUGACCAAUCUCAGACAUUUCUGUUGCCUCUUGUUCGACAUGCCCGAAGUGUUGACCAUGCCCAGCGGAGAGUGUGGACACUGUGCUGGAAAAUAGACCGUUUUUGGAAAUCAGUUGAAGUAAUUGCUGUCAUUGUUUGCCUACCCACUAAUCACGUCUGCAAUACUGGUCAUUCUAAGCACUUAAGCUAUGUUCCAGAUCACUACAUGAAUGCAGUACAUACUCACUACUCUCAAGAUUCGAGCACCUGAAAGGUUAAAGCACGUGUCAGCAAGCUUUUUCACAAAGGGCCAGUUUUGGCUGCAGGUUUUCGUUCCAGUCAUGCAGGAACAGCUCAUUAUUUAACGUGAGCUCUUGACUGGAAUGAAAAACUGCAACCACACUGGCCUUUUGUGGAUAAAAUGAUUGACCCAUGGGUUAAAGAUGUGUGAAAAGACAAAUCAGAUUUUCUGCCAAGACGUUUAGUGUCUGACAAAUGCUUCAUUAGCUUUUGCGCUGCAGCUUGCUGUUCAGCAAUCUCAAAUACAUGUGGUUUCUGAUGCUGUAUGACACACUGGUGUCAUUAAAGAUGGACAGAAGUAUGAACAAAUAUAAGGCUUCAGUAUUAUAAGUGCUCAGAUCAUGAAACUGUAUGACAGAUUUAUAUUUCUAUUCGAUCAAUUUUUAGCAUCGUCAUUUCUGGAUCUUUUUACUCUGUAGCUUAGUGAACAUUAUGCUUAUCAAAGUUGCCACAGAAAUAACUAUUUUCUUUGUAAGUGGCCAAACUGGAACUCUCUUACAGUAAAAAUCAGGGGCUAGUUUCUCAGAAACAUCCUAGUGUUAUGAUUAUCUUAACCAGUGUGUGAAAUACCCCCUGGUACUCGGGGGUCCCAUAUUGACUGGCGUCUCCAUUCGCUAUAGUGGCUCUCGUGCUAGAAAUGUUUGGUUUAACAAACUUUGAUCUUCUACACGUUACCUGAGAUCUUGCACGCCUCCUUGUUUUCAGGUGAAGAGACAAACAGUUCGCUCUUUCCAUUAAUCUCUUAGUAAAUUGGUACAAUAUGCUGUGGGCAUAUAUCUGGGCAUAGUUACAGUUGCUAGGCUAUAAAGGACCAACUGGGUGAGCCAGCUUGGUACAGCACCACCCUGAGGCAAACCAGUGUUGCAUCUCUAGUUAGUUAAGAAAACAGAAGCUGCACAAAUUGUGGGUGAAUCAGCUCAACCACGACUUCGUUUCAGGGACCCUCCAGAAUUUUGAUUGAGACAUUCAAGGGGUUCAAAAGGUUCAUUAGAGCUUAUGGGCACUUUAACAGAAGUAAAGUGCUCUAUGAAAAGUAAGAGGUGACUGGCUAUUUAGUUCAAUGAGUCCUGCAAAAUUAUGCUACAGCAUUUUGGUAUAGACGUAGAAUCAGCAUGCGAAAAAGAGUCCCAAGCGCACAUUACAUGAUAAAAUUACAACACAGACCGACCAAAAUGAAAAUAAUAAAUUUCCUGAUCGCUCGUUUGAGGCCGUUCUGAUUGUACAUCCCUCUUCAGGGUGGCUGCUACUUUUUUGUGCCAUGCGAUGCGCCAGAUUUCAGACACCAGAUGUGUCCUGGCUGAACGGCUGAUCAUCUGCUAUAACUGUACAGUUUCACUGAACUAAACAUUCCAAUGUGUUUUAGUUUAAAGGCAUAAAUACUGUAGAGCUCAGCUCCGAGAAGGAGAGAAAGUGUUUGCGCAGUGUCUCUACAGGCUCUGGCUGGAGUCUCUUCCACAGCAGAUGCCUCGGCUGGAUCCUUUUCAGCAAACUGCCACUGAAUAAAAGAGAAUGCCUGUGGUUCUGUCAAAGCUCCUUCAGCAGACACAAAAGACUGCCUGACAUUAGGCAGCAGCUAAUAGGCUGCUAAACAAAGAACACAUUGCAUAGUUCCAUAAAUUUCUCAUCCUCCAGUAUUGGAAUGUACACAUCACACGGCGCUGAUGCACGGUUUUAUUCAGAUAACAAAUGGCUUUGUUUAGCACCACUACAUCGAAAUAAAUCCUGUUUUUCAUGUUCUGGUGGGAAAAGCAGCAAAAGCUGUGUUUAGAAAAGUGUUUUUUAAAAUAUCCACCAGAUGGAGCAGCUGAGCAAGUCUCCCUAUUGUUUUUUUUUUUUUCGGGAAAUAAUGGAAAUUCUCCCCUAUUCAAAGAUUUGAGCUUUUCCACAAUAAAAGUAGCUUGAAAACUAUAAAGUAUGAAUAAAAAUUUACCUUUAUUUAAGAACUGUGUAAUUGUAUGGGAAAGAAAUGCAAGCCUGUCUUUUAUUUGCUUGCAGUCUUUUUGCAAUAUAUCCCUGUAGGUGGCAGACUUUCCCAUCCCUGGCUCAUAUGUAGCACAAGUCAUAUGACAUCCAUGUGUUAUAUUACAGGUAGGAAAUAACACAUUUGAACAAAUACUAAACAUAUUGUUGGUGUAAUGUUGCCAGUAAUGGAAAAACAAGCAAGUAUAGUUUUACAAAUAAACUCAUGCAGGUCGUCCUGUUUCCUUCAAAUGAAA